GCCGGAGCCGGCCUGCAACAGGGGUAGAGUGCAGCAGCAGCCGGGGUGCCGGAGCCGGCCUGCAACAGGGGUAGAGUACCGGAGCCGGCCUGCAACAGGGGUAGAGUGCAGCAGCAGCCGGAGUGCCGGAGCCGGCCUGCAACAGGGGUAGAGUGCAGCCGGAGCCGGGGUGCGGGAGCCGGCCUGCUCCAAGGGGCAAAGUGCAGCAGCCGGGGUGCCGGAGACGACCUGCUCCAGGGGCAAAGUGCAGCCACAGGCAUGAGCUUUCUGCGUGUCAGAGCAGUGCUGGCUCAAGGCUGGCACCGCAAACCAACCUGGCCACCCAUCUGUGCCGCUCGGCCCAUUGUGGACAUGUCUUACUCCCACCACUUUGUGGAUUUUCAUGGCUCUUCUAUCCCCACCUUUAUGAAAAAGCUGGUGGUCACUCAGCUGAGCCCUGACUUCAAAAAGGCAGUUACUUUAAUGCCCAAUGUGCCAGUGCCAGUUCCAGGGGAUGGAGAGCUCCUCGUCAGGAACCGAUACAUUGGCAUCAAUGCAUCGGACGUAAACUUUGCAUCUGGCCGAUAUGAAAUGUCUGCAAAGCCCCCCUUUGAUGUUGGAUUUGAAGGAAUCGGUGAAGUAGUAGCCCUAGGGCUCAGUGCUAGUAAACAUUUUGCAGUUGGGCAACCUGUAGCUUAUGUGAAAAGUGGUUCUUUUGCUGAAUAUACAAAUGUACCAGCCGAUAUAGCUGUUCCUGUUCCAGUAGUAAAACCAGAGCUUUUAACUUUGCUGAUCAGUGGCACUACUGCUUACAUCAGUCUCAAAGAGUUUGGGUACUUGUCUGAAGGAAAGAAGGUCCUGGUGACUGCUGCUGCUGGUGGAACAGGACAAUUUGCCGUACAACUUGCAAAAAAUGCCAAAUGCUAUGUUAUUGGGACAUGUUCUUCCGAAGAGAAGGCCGGAUUCCUGAAGUCUAUAGGCUGUGAUCUCCCAAUCAACUACAAAUCUGAAAAAGUGGCUUCAGUUAUUAAGAAAAAAAUUCCAGAGGGAGUAGAUGUUGUAUAUGAGUCUAUUGGAGGGGAAAUGUUUGACACAUCAGUCAACUGUUUAGCAACAAAGGGUCACCUUAUCAUAAUUGGUUUUAUUUCCGGCUAUCAGACAUCUAGUGGUAUUUUGCCCAUAAAUUCAGGGGCUUUACCUGCAAUUUUGCUACGCAAAUCUGCAAGUGUUCAUGGUUUUUUCUUGACCCAUUAUAUGACGGAAUACAAGGAAGCAUUAAUAGAUUUGGUGAAGAUGUACCACAGUGGAAAACUGGUGUGUGAGGUAGACAGUGGAGAACAAUCACCAGAAGGCAAGUUCAUUGGUUUGGAGUCUGUAUUCCGGGCUGUAGAUUAUAUGUACACAGGGAAAAACAUUGGAAAAAUUGUAGUUGAAUUACCUCACCUUGUCAACAGCAAGCUGUAAAAACAGAACAAUGAUAUAAAUCACUUUAAAAAUGUGAUUUCUGCCAGGAAAUGUCUGAAACAUGUCGUUAAUGGAUGGUGCAUUAAAAAAAAUUCAUAUGUAGGUGUUACUAAAAUGUUUUCAUUCAACAAUAAAUAGCUUAGUAAAUUUUAGGAUACCUCAUUGAUAUUGCACGAAUUAACCUCCCAAGUGCCUAAAUAAAGGGUGAGAUUAUAUAAAAAAAAAAUGUGGUAAUAAGAAGAAAGAAUAAUGCAUUGUAUAUGAUUUUUUUUGUAUGUAGGGGUUAUUAAAAUGUUUUCAUUCAGCAAUAAAUGGCUUAUGAAAUUUUAAGAUAUGAGAUUGCACCCGUUAACCUCACAAGAAUAAUGAAUUGUACGUGUAUUUUUGCAUAGGGGAAAAAUUUUUGCUUUGUAAUUUUAUUUAAAAAAAUUUAAAUCUUAUAUUUAAUAUAGGAAUUGAUGUUUAGACAUGUUUUCAUAUUUUUGGUAUAUUUCAGUCCUGUUGUAAAAUUAAAACCAUAUGCAAUAAUA